AUGUCGACUGCGCCACUACCAGACUACUAUGCGGUGCUAGAAGUCCCCGAGGAGGCUCCGAUGCAAGAAAUACGCCACGCCUACAUGCGGCAAGCCUCUCCCCCGUCAAAUCCUAAACCACGGCCGAAAAGCAUGUCCACUAACAAACCCCCUCCCAGCGCUGCAUUGGCAAGCCACCCCGACGGAAUUCCGCUCGACUCCUCGGAGCACGAGCGCGACACGCGCAUCCGCAGAUACCAUCUCAUAAACGACGCAUACUCUACCCUCUCCGAUGCCACCCGCCGCACGCACUACGACGCCCAGCGCAGGCCCUCUGCUCCGCCAACCCAAGAAGCGGAUCCAUUUGAAGAAGUUGAGGAGAUCUCACAGCAGCCCGGGGGCACUGGGGAGGCCAAUGGUGACGACGAUCAGCAGCUUAGGGAAGACGCCCAGUUCAAAGAUGUAUUUGAGGGGGAGAUGCGGGAGAAUGAUAUGGCAGAAGAUGGAACGAAUAUGCCGAAAACGGCGUUUUGGAGCUUGAUUGGGGGUGUGAUGGGUGGUACGCUGGCAUUUAUCAUCACGGCUCCGCCCGGGAUUCCUGCCGGUAUGGUGAUUGGGAGCACAGCUGGGAAAACAAGGGAUGCAAGGGGGAAGAGUGUGUAUGAGGUGUACAAUUUGCUGGACCACGAAGGCAGGGAGAAUAUGCUUCACGACCUGCAAGGGAAAUUAUUUAGCCCUUUUGCUGGAGAGUGA